GCACACAAGACGCAGAUGCAGAAGGAUUGCCCAUGAAUCUGAGGCCAGCCUGAGACACAUGCUCUGCAGAGACAGCCUGUGGGCACAGCCUUCUUCUCCCUGCUGCUUCUGCCAUGGGCACGAGUGGAUGGCCCAUUCACCAUGAGCUGUGACCCCAGCCCCGGCAUUCCUAGGUGGUCCUGUGUCCCUCGCUGAGGAUCUUACAGCCUGGCUGCUUCUUCAUAUCUGAUGUGCUUAAUCCUCAUGGAGCUACAUCCGUAACCAUGGUGACGCGGGUCGAAGUUGGCUCUAUUGCAUCCCUGAGGGCGGGGCCUGGCCUCGGUGACAUCAGCAGGGAGAAAGCCCUGAAGAGAACAUACUUUGGCCAGACUGGGGAUGCCCCUGGGGCACCCUCCACUAGAGUCCUGAGUACGGAAAGCCCCCUACGGACCCACCUGUUCCCUCUGCCCAUUGCUCCCAAGCCUUUCCUUAAGGAGCAGGUCCUUGAGAAAAAGACUCCUGUCACAUCUUCGUGGCCUGGUGCCACCCAGUCCUGUCCUUCAGCUGAGAUAGACAUGAGGGAGGCUAAAGAAGACAUGGCUAAAAGGAUGCCGGGCUUAGCCGGACAGGAGGCAGGCAGAGGAGAGGCCCUGCCAAAUGGCCCGUCUGUAUCUAACAAGGCCACCUUCCUGAGGUCUGGCCCCAGCACCGUGGGCCUCUUUGAAACGAACAAACCUGGACCCAACCUGGGCAAAGGAACUAGUGAGGGGAGCCGGGAGGCCAGCUCCCGCACAGCCCAGGCAUCUCCCUUAAGUGCCAGGCCUGAGGUGGCCACCAAGCCUGCCCUCCCAGCCCGAAAGCCCCCAGUGACUCUGCCCCGACCCACGUCCCUGUCAAAGGACACUGGGCCUGCCGUGUCCCAGGAGUUGGCAGGCCAAGCCCAACCUUUGCCAAAGGCCCACAGUGUGGAGGACCCUGCUGGCCAAGCUCCAGAGGCCAAGUCCCACCCGAAGAGACGUCCCAUGUCAGCAGUGUUGAGCGAGUAUCUGCCGCCUCCAAAGCCAGGCCCAGGUGGAAUGACAGUCGUGGGCAAGGUCCCCCCUGUCCCUCCGGAGAAGACGUGGAUGAGGAAACCCAGGCCUCUGUCUGUGGACCUGACUGCUGUGUUUGAGAGCAGAGAUUCACCAUUGAGGAAGAUGCCCGGUGGGCAGAAUCCAGAAGAGAGCCAGGGCCCAGAGAAGACUGGCGUGCAGCCCAAGGGCAACACAGAGGGCCCCGUCCGCAUGGAGGUCACCCCUCAGGACCCUGAUUCAGACUUCCAGGAGGUGGCCAAGAGGCUCCAUGUGCGGAGGGAGAGGACCAUUCUUAAACAGACAGAUACAGACAGUCCUAGGACUCCCCAGGAUGAGGAAAGGCCAGACCAGCAGUCAGAGAAGGACCCGGAGUCCCCUUUGCCCAGGCCAGGAAGAGGCCUGGGGCUGGCUGAGGUCAAGGGUGGAGGGUCUGAGCAGGAGGCUCCUGCAGGGACAGAGAAGAAGUCUGCAGGGACCAUCAGGAAGCGCCUCAGCCUGUUUGAGGAAGAGAGUGCUCUGGCCUUGGUGGUGGUGUCCGAGCCCUCUCCUAGUUCCCCUGCAUCCCCAUCCACAGUGCCAGAGUCGGAGAGAACUGGUGUGAAUGUUCAGGCUCGGAUCAAAGGCUGGACUGUGGAGAGCACAGGGGCGAAGCCGGAAGUCAGGAGAAGGACAUCCCAGGCGCGGCCGUUGUCUGUGGAUUUGACCAAACCGUUCUCACGAUCACCUUCCGGCAGUGAGGUCGGGUACGAGAAAUGUGCUCUGUUGGGUGGCGAGCUCACUGGGGAGAGGAGAGAAACGCCUACGGAAGGACAUGGUUUGGAUGGAACCCCCACCACAAAAAGUUCCUGGAAGUCUGGGGUUCCCCAGAAGUCUAGGCAGAUGGAACCCAAAGAUGCUUCUGGCCAGGAUCCUGACAAGUGUCAGCGUAAAUACUCACCAGGAGACCCAGGCCCUUCUGAAGUCAGUCCAAAAGAUGAUGGAAGCUUCCAGAAGGUGUGGGCCACGAUGUUUGAGCAUCAUGUGGAGAGACACACAGUGGUUGACCAGGCAGGUCAUUGUCUCUCACCUACAUCCCCUCGUGAUGUGGCUGACAUCUCAGAUCCCAAACCCAGGCCUGAGAAAGGCUAUUGGCUAGGGAAGGACCCUCCUGGAGUAAUGAGCAAGAGAGACAGCUCUAGGUGGUCCAGCCAUGCUCACCCAGAGAUGCUGGGACGAGCUGUCCUUGUGGAUGUGGAGCCAAUACAGCAUCCCACAUCUGUGCCUGAGACACAGACCAUGGGAGAAGGGCACAGCAGUCACACUGCUCUGACACAUCCAGAAAGUUCCCCUGUGUCCCAGAGGAUCCAGCCCAAGUAUGACAUUGUGCAUGCUGCAGGGGAGCGAGCACACAGUGAAGCAGUCUCCAGGGUGCCCGAGGAGAAGGCGGUGACACUACGCAGUGGCAGAUCCCGGCUCUCACUGCAGGGUCGGCAGCUGUCCCAGGAGGUCAGCCCUACUCACCUGGAAUGUGCUCUGCAGGCUCAUGGGGGUGCCGUCCAGAGGGCAAGUUCUUUAUGGGAAGCUCGGGGUCAGGAGGCCAGUGGAUCCAAGCUUGAGUGUCAACAGCCACAGGAUGGAUUUGGGGGUAGUUCCCCGCCCUCCAAAUGGACAGGAGGAGUAGUGACAAGCUGGCACAGCACGUCUGUGGUCAGCAGAGAUCUCAAUGGAUCCAAAAUGGGUCCAUCCUGGGAUGGCUCUUCAAAUCCUCCAUCCAGGGCCACCGUUGAACCCUGUGACUCCCUAGUACAGGCAAGGCUGAACUCAUUGUCUCUGCAGAAAAGUCCUCUUGAAGUAGCCAGUGAGGAUAACCCAAGACUGGCCCAGGCAGUCCAGCCUGAAGUCAGAAUGCGGAGAUCCAACCCUUCAGAGCCGAGGGUGGACAGGUGGAGGCGACGGACUCUGCCACACGAUGUGAAGUUUGAUGCAUUCAGCCUCCUCACGCCAGAGAACACUUCCCAAAGGCAACAGAGACCUGCAGAUGACGUGACCUCCUCAACCUGUGCCUUGAAGAGACCGCCAUUGUCCCACCACCAGGCACAAACUCGGGGAUUGACGCCAGGCGCCUUACAAAGUAGGACUUGCCCAGUGGAGAAGCCGGGGCUGUCUGCUGAACCCAGCGCAACUUUCUUUGCAGUGACUUACCAGAUUCCCGAUAUUCAAAAGGCCAAGAGUGUAGUUAAAACAGGGCCUGAAAAUGUGCCGGAACCUCCUAGAAGAACGACUCUCCCUCUGUCACCUGGCUCUUUUACGUCUACUUUGGCUUCUCCUAGCCACGAAGAGCCACGGGCUCCUGCCAGCAGUAAGGGCUGGGCCAAAGGCAAAGAACAUGAAGAAGGAAAGGGCCUUCCAAAACACCCGAAGGCCACAGAGCAGCCAUCACCUGCUAGGGACAGGAUUCUGGAUCCUUCCAGGGACAGAGUUAUUGAUGUGGAUGCUCUGGGGAUUCAUCGAGGGUCAGAGGAUGGAACUGCGAAGGACAGCAGGACCAGGGCAUCUUCAGGCAUGGGGGCCCCACAGACCUCCCCGGUCCUGAGGCGCCCCAAAAGUCUCCUGGUCAGAAGAAGGACAGAGGUGAUCAGCGAGACAUUCCCAGGGAAGGUGAGAGAUGGCUACAGGUCUAGCGUCCUCGACAUUGAUGCUCUGAUGGCCGAGUAUAAAGAGCAAUCAAGCAGAAACCCCAGCAAGGCUCAGGAGCAGAGGGACAGUCCUCCAGCCGAGCCCAGUGGCUCCCCUCAGGAGAGAUCAGGUUGGCUCAAGGAGGUGGAAUGGGGACGGAGGAGCCUGAAUGAAGCUCCCUGGUCAGACAGUGUUGGAAAAAAAGCGGGGACCUCUGUGAAAGCUCCCCAGUCCCCUGGCCCGAGCAAGCAGCCAGCAGAGCCCCUAGGGGCAGCCAUGACCACCAAGUCUGGCCUGCCACUGUGGGCACCACCACACUCAGCUUCUGUGGAAAACUGUUCCUCACUCUCCCCUGUUCCUGCUGGUUCCAGGAAAAAAUCCCCAGGCAAUGCUGAGUUGGAAAGCAAGCCCUCCCCCAGUGUACACCUGGAGGGAAAGAACAGGCAAGGCCCAGCCAAGUCCCAGGAACCAGACAGCGAGGACAGAAUCUCCCCCAGGACACCUCCCUCUGACCAGAAGAAAGGGACGCCAAAGAAGUUUACUAGUCAGAGAGCGGAGGGUGAUGAAGUGCAGUGGGGAACCCCCCCACGUGACUAUAUGUCACCAGUGUCACCACUGGACAUCAAGAGGGCCUGCUCAGAGAAGGGCCCACCAGCCAGGGUCCGGGAGGGCCUGUUGGUCAUGCAGGACGCCAGGCAGCGGAGACAAGAACAGCCAAGAGGGAAGCCGACACCCAAGGCCACAACGGGACCCUGCCAGAAGGAGGCAAGGAAGCCAGAUGGUUCUAAGGUGCCUCCGCAGAACCUGGAACAGGACGCCCAGCAGCCUGUCCGGCAGGUGUCCCCCGUUGCCUCUGUCCCCAGGCGAAGUCACAGCUUUUGCAAGGACAAGAAGAGUGGACCCUUUGUGAACCAGCUGAAGCAGUGCUUCUCCAGGAGAGCACCUGAAACCAAGGAUACUGACACCCUUGUUCACGAAGCUGACAGCCAGUAUGGAACCUGGGCAGACCAGCACCAGAAUGGAGGCAGUUUUGGCCCUGAGUCCCCGUCAUCCCCGGACAGCAGUGCUGCAUCUGCGGGGAAGCAGCCACCAAGCAGCCACUUGUCCUCGUACACGGAGUCCACAUCAGUGGAGCAGCAUGACAGCUCCAGGGACCGGCGCAGCUCCAGCGUGGACCGUUCCAGUUCUGAGCUGGAGUCCACAGAUGGCCCAGAGGGGCCACCCCCAUCAGAUGCUUGCCCAGCAGAAAGAGAGGACGAUUUUUCCUUCAUCCAUCAAACUUCAGUCCUCGACUCAAGUGCCCUGAAGACCCGGGUGCAGCUGAGUAAGCGAAGCCGUCGCCGGGCUCCCAUUUCCCACUCCCUCCGGCGCAGUCAGUUCAGCGAGUCAGAGAGCUGGUCUCCUUGGUCUCCUUUGGAAGAGGAGUCACACAGCACAUGGAUGUUCAAGGACUCAACAGAAGAGAAGUCACCCAGGAGGGAUGAGUCGGAUGAGGAGCCGCCCAAGGUGGAGAGGACCCCUGUCAGCCAUUCCCAGAGGAUGCCCAUGUUCCCAGGCAUGGACCCAGCUGUGCUGAAGGCUCAGCUGCACAAGAGGCCAGAAGUGGACGGUCCUGGCGAGUCCCUCAGCUGGGCGCCCCAGCCCAAGACCUCUAGGUCGCCCUUCCAGCCUGGGGUGCUGGGCAGUCGGGUGUUGCCUUCCAGCACAGAGAAGGAUGAGAGGUCAGAAGAGUCCUCACCCCAGUGGUUAAAGGAUCUGAAAUCCAAGAAGAGGCAGAGCCUGUAUGACAAUCAAGCUUGACCAGACAGGACAUCACUACCCCACAAACUCAAGCCUUAACCGCCAGAUGUCAGAACCCGAGGCCAAGCCACCUGCUCCUCCCUGGCCACACUCAUGUGCCUGGGCCAUUCCACCCUGAAGACAUUGUGCUGAGCCACAUCUGGGUCCCCACAGGAAGAUCCUGCCCCAGGACCUGCUCCAGUCCCCAGAAGGAUCUUCAGUUCUUGCAGAAGUGGAUUGGCCUUUGGUGUGACAGUUGGCUUUCCUGCCCUCUGCAUACACCUCACAGGACUCCCUCAGCUGGGAAAGAGACUCUGGGCUCCUCCCCAGGCAGCCCGUCUGGAUGGACUUGGACACAGAAGCUUGAACGGCUCUCAGAUGGCAAGGGAAUUGUCCAAGCAUUACACUGGUGUCUCCCAGGUUUUGCUUUUUUUUUUUUUUUUGUUUUGUUUUGUUUCUUUUUGACAGGCUCUUCUUUCCCCCACUUUGAUCCCGUGGUGUUCAUACUUAUAAGCACACUUAUCCUUCCUGUGGGGCCGUGUGCACAGUAGGCCUGUGCCUCACUACUUUCCUGUCUGCUUUAGAGGGGGGUAAAGCAAUAAUGCAGCCAAUUUUCUUAGAAACCUGACACGGGCAUUGCAUUUCAGCAUUGACAGCCAGCAGGAAGAGAUGGACGGUGUCCAGUUGCCUCAGGUUCCCUGAUCCCUGUCCUAGCUAUGAAAACGUGUGAGUUUUACCAUUGUCCAUGUCCAGGCUGCUCUGAUGUCUGUGGGGUAGCCUUUGCCCCUCAGUCCCCAGUGUUAUGAACCUCGGUCUGAAUGGUCAGUGCCUUGGCCACUCACAUACCAGACCACAUGGGUGUCCUUCUUUUUCAUCUUUUCUGAACACCCGUGCCCCACCCCUGCCACCCGUGACCCACCUGGCCGAAGUCCACCUGCAUCUUGAUCUAACGGAAAGGCUCCCGUAGUGGGAGUCUCGGGCCAGAUGCUGAGACAAAAGGUCUAAGAUGUUUUCCUUCGCAUUCUGCUAGCUGAAUGCUCACCCCUUGGAGUCUCAAACCCUCUUCUGUACUCUGGACACCCACUCCGUCGUGUGUCCUUUUGUAAGCCCUCAAGAGGACUUCAGAAGCCCCAGCACCAGUAAUCACCCCUAACAUGCCAAGCCGGCUGCCCACUGUGCCGGCAGCUUCCAGAGACCUUUUCCCAACCUUGCCUUGGUGACAUUCCAGGCAGUUCCAAGGUGGUCCGUGGCUGUGGAGGGCCCUGGGUCUGGUGUUCUGACAGAUACCUGCCUGGCACGUGUGCCCACCACUGCCCUGACCUCCCCAGCCGCAAAAGUUGCUCUCUGUAAAUCCGUUACUUGCAGAUGGUGUUGAGACCUGCCUCUCUUGUCUUCCCGCCUCAACUCCUCUCUCAUUAUCCUCUCUGCCUGUUUUCCCUUUGGAAGAGUGUGGUGGGAAAGGAUGGCGGUAUUUGGUGUCAUUAGGUUAGGAUAGUCACCUGGGGGCUGCGGUGUUCAGCACCCAGGAGACUGCAGGCCCCACCCGCACCCCACCCUGUGCUCUGGCCACCAAUGAGAGCAUAAUGUUAACACUUAACUGCUUUCCCUUCCUUCCCUGACUAGUGGUGAGGGGUAUCCAUCCUCUGAAAUCAUUUGGGGUUCAGUCUCCCUGCAGACUCUUCCGUAGUUUCUGUUUUCUGUUGUGUUAUGAUUUUAGAUCCAUUUUGUAUGCUGCAGCAUUUUUGACCCAGCAGUGGCUUGCCAGGGACUCCUUUUAAAACACAGCAGGGCUAAGGCUGUGUGUGGCUCAGUGGGUGGAGUAUGUGCCUAACACGCGGGAGGUACCACAUAAAUCAAGUGUGGUGUGUAUACCAGUGAUUCCAGCACUUGGGUAAAAGGAGGAGGGCUGGUAGUUCAAGGCCAUCCUUGGCUAAGAAAGCUGGAGGCUAGCCUGGGCUGUAAAAUCCACUCUCAAACAGAGCAAUAACAAAAGCCAAAAGAACAAAACCACAAAGCAACCUUCUGCUCAUGUUUCUAACUUCUCUCCACUGCUCUCUUUGUUCUGGGUGUAAGAUGCCCAUGGUGGCAGGAAGUGACUGUCCUGAGUAUUGAAAGACACAGUAGAAUCAAA